AUGCCUGUAUGUCGAAUUACAGGCGUGGCGCACCGUUUCGACUACCAGUACCCCAGCUACUGUCAGGCAACCACAUGGUGGACGUCCAAGUGGCCGUUUGCUUGUUCGAUUCGCGGCCAACAACUAACAUUACUUGCCCGGGCCAAUUCCACAUAUGCAAUGCAGGUUCAUGCCGCGUUCAUGAACCCGCACAGCCUAUUAGGAGUUAGUCCUGCAGCGGACGUUAAGGAAGUCAAGCGGGCAUACCGCAAGCUUGCUCUCCAAUUCCAUCCGGAUGUGUGCAAAUCUGAAGACGGCCACGAGCGCUUCAUCGCUUUGACCCAGGCAUAUGAGAUGCUGCUGGGCCGUGCGGAAGGCAAGACCGAUCCCAACCACGCCUCCUCCUCCGGUUGGGACUUCCACGACUGGUAUUGGAACUUCCGCAUGCAACGUAGCUGGGAGAAACAGCAACGUCAGGCCAAGGGGGCUGCAGAUGGCGGCAGCACAGGCAGCAGCAGCAGUAGCAGCACAGAAUCGGGCUACAGUUGGCGUCCUCCCCCUCAUGGCCAAGCCGGCUUUGGGCAACCUGAGGCCCGAGCGAAUUUGCGUAGCCAGCUGGCAGGACUCCGCCACCGGGCUGCAGUACGCGCCAACAGGUCCUCUGCCCCCACAUCGCCGCCGCCAAGCAGCUCUCCUACCACCGCCACACCGUCCUGGUCUGCCGCAUCAUGUGGCGCUGUGGACUACGGGCCUGAUUGCACAGACGGGGCUCAAUCAUCGCCUCCUUCGACGGAGGCAGCGGCUGCAGCCGUUCCUGAGGUCCCGGGGGACGCCGCCAACGUCAGAGGCAGCGCACGAUGCCAUGGUGCAGCGGCCCGCAAUGAUCCCUCUUCCUCACCGUCACCAGCCGCCGCCUCCUCGGUCAGCUGGAACGCGUGGUCUUGGUCGUGGUCUUGGGACGACUUGCUUGAGUCAGAGGACGACGACGAGCAAAGCAAUGCUGGCCCAGCGGUUACUACUGAGCCAGCAACCGAUGAUUUGAACGGCGCGGCCACCGGCAACGGCAGCCUUGGCGGCCAGGCCAGCUCCCCCUCGGAGCUGCACGAACAGUACACUCAUGUUUAUGACGCGGCUGCAGCAGCCCCAGCCGCAGCCGCAGCCGCUGCUGCUGAAUGUGCUGAGAUGGAGGUCAUGGCCGUGCACGACGGGCACUUUGGAACCGUGGUAGGUGCGGUGGUGGCAAAUCAUGCGGUGCCUUUCCCUGGCGGGGCGAUUAGCUGCUCGGAGUUCCCUGACGUGGCUGGCAGGCAGCGGUCUUACUCGACACAGCAUCAUCAGCCCCAGCCCCAGUACCGCUAUAGCGGGGAGGAAACUACUGCUCCAGCAGCACAGAGCUAUCAGGAUCAGAAUUCCCACCAACCGGACCUGGAUGAUGCGGAGCCGGAGCCCUUCUCUAACCCCUUUGGCAGGGAUUUUUCCGCCGGCCGGGGCCAGGGUGAGCAGCAGCAGUACGGCUCUGCUCGCCGGCGUUUCGCCGCCGAUGGUGUAUCUCGCGAGACCGUCUCGCACCAGCUGGCCGGCUUGCGGCGUAAGGCGGCGAUGAAGGCGGCCUCGGCGCAUUUUAGCGGUGCCGAUGCUGCGGCUGCAUCAUCAGGAGAGGAUGACUGCGGCUGUGAAGUGCUCGAACCGUCAGGGCUCCUGCAGUCAAACAUCGGGCAGCCUUCAUCUCGACCACCGCCACCAUCACUACCUCAACAAGGCCACGAUGGUUCCUUAUCAGCUUCCCUUACCGAAAAAGCGACAACGGCCUUAGCGGCGGUGGCGACGGAUGGCACGAAAACAGCAGAUGCAACAGUAGGCGGCGGGCGAGGCAACAGAGAACACGAAGCCGAUACCACUGGCGCAUUACAUGCCUUCGAAAAUGCCACCAACACCACCAACAAGCAGAUCAGCAAUGUCAUCGUAGCCCGCCGUUCCAUACACGAGUUACUUGGCGAGCUGGAGCGCAACGCGGCGGCGCCGCCGCCAUCGCCGCGUAUCUUGCUGGAUUCCCUGGAGCAGUGGAGGAAGCACCGUCGGGAACCGAAUGCUGGGGGUCGAUCGUCGGCUGCAGUGCUGGCUGCUCGGAUGGACCGAUUGCUGGCUCCAAAGCUGGCGGGGGACUACGGCGCCAAUCUGGAGAUCAAGUCCCAGGUGCUACUGUUCUGGUCACUGGUCAAGGGAGGGCUGUUCGGCGAAGCCACACUGGCACUAGCACGUCGUAUGGAGGAAUCCAUCAGGCCAGAGAUGCCGUACGGCAGUAGCGACUACUGGGCCUCCCUGGCUUUUUAUAGCCUGGGGCUUGCGCAGCAGACGGCAACGGGCGGGGCCGGGGCCGGGGGCGGCGGGACCCCUAGCCCGGCGACGGCGGCUGCGGCGGCAGCGCUCGUGGAGCAGUCGCGGCGGCGGCUGGCGCCGGCGUUGUUGGCGUUACUUAGCCGUAACGCUCGUACGAUUAAUCAGCAGGGUCUGUCCAACACGUUUUGGGCUGCCGGGCUUUUGCAGAUGAGGGAUCACCGCGGGCUCCUGGCGCCCCUUGCUGCGCAAGUGUACAGGUUGGCGGCUGAGGCGCAAUCGCAGAAUAUCUCAAAUAUAUUGUACGGCUGUGCCGUACUGGGCCUCAGCGAGCGGGAAUGGGCUGCUGUACAGGGCUCCUACCCUUUCUUGGAGCGGCUGCUAUCUGAGAGUGUACGGCAGAGGCCGUUACUGAAGGCCGUAUCUGAGCUGAUAGCCGGGGGCGGAUUCGACGGGGUGACCUCGUCCCAGGUUUGGGCCAACACGCUGUACGCGAUGGGUCUCAUGGACCACUACGACCCACGGGUCUUCCAGGCGCUCUCACAGGCGCUGUUCAAAGACAACAGCAAUAGCAGUGGCGGUAAAAGCGAUAGCAGCAGAAGCCCCGACGUGAACUCCCUCACCUCCCCGCCGCCGCAAUCAUCACCACCACCACCACAACCGCCAUCACUGCCAUCACCGCCAUCACCACAGCUACCUCCCUCCUCCUCUUCCUCAUCCUCGUCCCCAUCCCAGCUCCUUCGCUUCGCCACGGCUCAGACGUGCGGUAAUGUGCUGUUUGCCAUGGGGGCUUUACGACAUGUGGACGAGCAGAUUAUGGACGCGUUGUUGACGCGUAUGCUUCAGAUUGUUCGUGGUGGUGGACGGGGGGGUGGGGGAAGUGGGGGGGUGUCGGUGGUGGAUUUGGCUCUGGCUGUCCGGGCGUGCGCUCAUCUCAACUACAGGUCCUCGCUGUUGGACGAGCUGUUGGAGGCGGCCAUGCCGGCCUUGAAGGCUCAGGCUGCUCGCCUCAUGGCCUACAACGUGCUAUGGUCCAUGUUGAUCCUGGGUAUACUGGGGGAGGUACGACAUCAGCCGUUGGUUCAGUACCUGGUGAGCUGCGUCAACCGGUACGGCACAAGUACGUGGAAGUCGGCGGCUGACCCGUCAUCGCCGUCAUCGCCGUCAAUUUCGUCAUCGCCGCCACCUCCUAGUUCUGAGACGGCGGCGUACGACGAUCUGACCCAGUUAGUGCAGUACCAUUUGGAGAGCAGAUAUCUGGGCCUUACGGGGACAGCGUACGACUUAACGCCGCCGCAGGGCAUGGAUGCCUUGAUACGGCAGAUACGGGAGCGCCGGCAGCAGUUGGCCGCGCAGAGCAGUACCGUCGUACACCAGAAAGUGGUGGCCACACUGCAGGAAAUGGCCGCCGCACCGAACUGCCUCACCGCUGGUGUACGGCACCCGCGCAUCCUGGCAGUGGAGUCGGAAGUGCUGUUGGAGCCGGAGCUGGUGGUGGUGGACGUGUUGCUCACAUUGGAGGCCGACCCAGAUGCGAACUUGAAUUCAAAUUCAAAUUCAAGUCCAUUCGAGGCUUCAUCUCCGGUAGCAGCUGCUGCAGCUCCUGCUGUUGCUGCAACCACUGCCGCUUUUGCUGGGAACAACAACAACAACAAGAACAACAACAACAACAACAACAGCAGUCCAACAGACUAUGUCCCGUCAUCUCCUCCUUCACCCUCCACCUCCUCCGCCACCUCCACCUCCUCCGCCCCGAUCCAAUACAAAUUGGCGGUGGAGGUGGAUGGUCCUCAUCACUUCAUGCGCAACCGACUCGACCAUCAAGACGGCACAUCGGCCUAUCGGGACCGGGUGCUGCAGCGGCGCCUCGGGCAGCAGGCCGGCGGCGGCGGCGUCGCUGUCGUACGAACCAGGACGUGGGUGGAGCAGCUGCCGGAUGACGAGGCCCGUCGGCGGUACCUGGCGGGGCUGCUGGCGGCCUCCGUGCCCCCGAGGUCGUGA